AUGGCCGACCACAAUGCCAUCAACCCCGUCACCGACUCGUCGGAUGAAAAAUCCAGCGGCUCCAGCGUGAACGGGCCCAAGGGAGAGCAGGAAAAGAUGGGCAGGCCAACUCAAGUCCCAUCUACUGAUCAACGCGUCGGGGAGAUAAGCGAGGUGGAGGCCCAGGGUGUGGCUCAUUUCAGCCGACUUGGGUGGAAACGUCUUACUGUCGUACUUAUCGUCGAGGCCAUUGCCCUCGGAAGUUUGAGUAUCCCUGCGGCCUUUGCCAGCCUUGGUAUGGUCGCCGGUGUCAUCACAACCAUUGGACUCGGACUAGUUGCCAUCUACACCAGCUACAUUGUCGGUCAGGUGAAGCUGAAGUUUCCCGAUGUCAAGCACUACGCCGACGCCGGAAGGCUGAUGCUGGGUCGCGUCGGUUACGAGAUCGUCGGAGUCAUGUUCUGCCUACAACUGAUAUUCCUCGUUGGAUCUCACACCCUGACGGGAACCAUCGCAUUCCAGAAUAUCACAGAGAAUGGCACCUGCUCGAUUGUCUUUGGUGUCGUCUCUGCCGUCAUUCUGCUGGCUUUGGCGGUGCCUCCCUCGUUCGCCGAGGUUGCUGUUCUGGGAUACAUCGACUUUGUAUCGAUCAUCGUGGCCAUUCUCAUCACCAUGAUUGCUACGGGUGUCGAGAGCUCGAAUGCCGAAGGCGGUCUGGCUGCUGUCAGCUGGUCUGCGUGGCCGAAGGAGAAUCUGACCUUCGCCGAGGCCUUUGUUGCCAUCACCAACAUCAUCUUCGCGUACAGUUUUGCCGUGUGCCAAUUUUCCUUCAUGGACGAGAUGCACACCCCAAGAGACUACGUUAAGUCUAUCUGGGCGCUCGGUCUGAUCGAAAUAGUCAUUUACACCUUGACGGGAGCCCUCGUCUACGCAUUCGUUGGUGAGGAUGUCAAGUCGCCAGCCUUGCUGUCCGCUGGCAGUUUAAUGUCCAAGGUGGCCUUUGGUGUUGCUCUCCCUGUCAUCUUCAUUUCCGGCUCUAUCAACACAACGGUCGUCGCCCGUUACAUCCACGGACGUAUAUUCAAAAACUCGUACAUCCGAUUCAUCAACACUAAGAUGGGAUGGAUCACCUGGCUGGCUUUAAUCACGUUGAUCACCAUCAUUGCUUGGGUGAUUGCAGAGGCCAUUCCCUUCUUCUCGGAUUUGCUGUCCAUUUCUUCGGCGCUAUUCAUUUCCGGGUUCACGUUCUACUUCCCCGCCAUCCUCUGGUUCAUGCACAUCCGAGAGGGUUCGUGCUUUGCUAAGAAGAACUUGUUGAAGACGGCUGUCAACUUCAUGGUCCUCCUUAUUGGGUUGGUAACUCUUGCUGGUGGUACUUAUUCGGCCAUCCAAGAUAUUAUGGACCAGUUUGCCGCCAACUCGGUCCGCGGAGCCUUUACUUGUUCGCCGAUCUAG